CGCUUCUGCUCUCCGAGCGCGCAGAACCAUCGCCAAACUUUGAUAAGCUGAAACCUUCAAGCAAAGGAGGAAAUAAUAUUUUUCUUUUUCUUAGAGUACAGAGUCCUCCGCUAAUUUUGAGUGACAAAGCUUGAGAAUACGAUCCGGACAUGGAAAACACACCCGUUGAAAUUUUUAAAGAAGAGAACAAGUGCCUGUCCGGGCUGCUGGAGGACUGUCCGGUGAAUUCCUCGGUUUGGAUGUCCGGAGAGAGCCGCAAUGUGACCCGCGACGAUGAGAGCUGGGAGCAGGAGAGCAUGUCCCCCAUCAUCCCCAUCAUCACCGCGGUGUACUCUGUGGUGUUCGUGGUCGGCUUGCUGGGCAACUGCCUCGUCAUGUAUGUGAUCAUCAGAUACACAAAAAUGAAAACAGCCACCAACAUCUACAUCUUCAACUUGGCGCUCGCAGAUGCUCUCGUCACCACUACUAUGCCCUUCCAGAGCACCGACUACCUUCUGAACACCUGGCCGUUUGGGGAGGUGGUGUGCAAAGUCUUCAUCUCCAUCGACUACUACAACAUGUUCACCAGCAUCUUCACUCUCACCAUGAUGAGCGUGGACCGGUACGUGGCAGUGUGCCACCCUGUUAAAGCCCUGGACUUCCGCACACCCAUCAAAGCCAAGAUGAUCAACGUCUGCAUCUGGAUCCUGUCCUCGGUUGCAGGGAUACCGGCUUUUGUUCUGGGGGGAACUCAGACAAACAGCGACAUAACUGAAUGUGCCUUACAGUUCCCAGAGCCAUACGCCUACUGGGACACGAUGAUGAAGAUCUGUGUGUUUGUGUUUGCCUUCGUCGUGCCUGUGCUCAUCAUCACUGUCUGCUACACCCUCAUGGUCCUGAGACUGAAGAGCGUCCGGAUGCUGUCUGGCUCACGGGAGAAGGACCGCAACCUGCGGCGCAUCACACGGCUGGUGGUGGUGGUGGUCGCCGUGUUCGUGGUCUGCUGGACGCCCAUUCAUAUCUUCAUCCUGGUCAAGGCACUUAUGAGCGUACCCGAGACCACCGCCAUCAUGGCGGCGUAUUUCUUCUGUGUGGCUUUGGGCUACACCAACAGCAGCCUCAACCCCAUCCUCUAUGCCUUCCUGGACGAGAACUUCAAGCGCUGCUUCAAGGACUUCUGUCUGUCAGCCAAACUGAAGGGGGACAGGGCCUCCGGCAGCAAGAAGGUCCCCAGCACAGUCCGGGCCGCCGCUGUUCCUCUGGAGAACCCAGACGGGACUAAUAAACCCACCUGACUAGCGGUGGAACUGUCUUCAAUUUCCCACAUUGGAAAAGAAGACUCGCAUGAUCUGGGCUUAACGCACAUUACUUCAGUGAUGUAGACUUACUCUCCUGUGAAAGCUGAUCCACCUCUUGUUUUUAUAAACACCAUAACCCAGAGCCAAGCUGCCAAGGUAGAUCAAAAUCUUUCAUGAAAGUAAUCUGUUUAAUUUCAUCCUCUUUGGUCUUAAGAUUUUGUCGUUAACGUCUGAAUUUACAGGUGGAUUCAAAGAAGACAUAAAAAGUGGAUGAAAGUUAUCUGUAAGGGGAAUACAAUGGAGCACUAGCUAUGUUUAUGAAUUUGCUGGCCCUUCCUCUCUCCUCCAACAGCCUUAUAUGUCUAAGAGUUUUGACAUAUCUCCAUUCAUUGUUGGAGAUGACAAACUUUAAGAUACCACAUUUAUUUAUUGUUACAUAAUCUGAAUCUCCUUCAGUCACUCAUGGCCCAUUUUUUAAAAAUAAUCUUUUUAGUUUUUUAUGCAUUAGCCAAAUAUUAUCUUUGGGGCUCCCAAAGGGGUCUCACUAAAUCUCUAUAGAGAUACCUCCAGAAGUCUUUAGAAAACCAUCUAAAAAAACACACUCAUAGGUAUUUUUCAAUAUGUUUGCAUAAUAUCAAAGAGCUGGUGAAUAUAUUUAGAAGGUGCAACACAUAUAUUAAAUAGAUUCAUUUAAUAAAGUCAGUCAUAACCCAAGUUUCAACUUUUCUGUUUGUAUAAAGUUUCUUGAGAACAGUUAGAAAUAAUGUUUAAUCCAGAAAUCUGAUAUGAUGGCCAUUUAUUAAUCACAUAUUGAUUAAUUACACACAAACUUAUUUCGGGUGUUAUUUCUGUUUGUUGUGAUGUUUCAACUUUCUUCUUAUUGCCAAAUCAGAAAAUUACAUAAGACCAAUCAAACUGGGGUUUUAAUACAAAAAUGUGUUAUGAUGGCCAUUGCAUGGUCUGCAUAAUCAUGACUGCUCAGUUGAACUGAAGGGUAAGCCAAAAAAUCUUAUUUCUAAUAAACAUGUCUGAGACAUAAAUGAAAAGCUGAGCGGAAGGAAAAAAUGCGUUUUGAUUCCCAUGUGACAGAGAUAACCACAGCCCCAGCCUGUGGUGGAAGAACCAUCACAUACAGACGGUUCUUUCACCACAGUUGAAGUUCAGGACAUGAACUUCAACGUUUACCUUGUUUGUGUGAACGAACCCCUGAACCAGAAAUGUCUCCUCUUGAAGUCUGAGUUGCUGUACUUUAAUCUGCCUGGACUUUGUGUGCAUCCUCUCCUCCUCCUCCUCCAAACUCUUGAGACCUUGAUUUCCAAAUGAAUUGCAAAAUGUACUUUCAUCUAAGAAGAGGACUCGAAUUACUGAGCAAUAGUCCCGGUUUGGACACAACACUGCAGUCUACCUCAACGCUGCAGUUAUUCGUCUACCUUGCUCUCAUCCAUUUUUUCUUCCACUCAGUUUUCCAUUAAUAUGCCUUCAUACAGCACUCGGUGCACAGAAAACUUGUUUAGCUGUUUUUGGUUUAUUCUUCUUGAGGAGGAUGUCAGUGGUUGUCUACUGGAAAAUAGUCAGGUCAGCUGUCUGCCUAAUUUAAUAUUUCUGUUUUAAAAAGUCAUUUUAUUAACGUCAUGUAAAAUUUUAAUUGGUUUUUUUUUUCUGUAAGCCACGAUCAUCAAAAUUGACAGAAAUCAGAAGAAAAUAUAUUACUCUGUGUGUAAUAAAUCUAUAUAAUAUAGAAUUUUCAGUUUUUUAUUUAUAAAUCUGGAGAAGGAUUUUUUACUAAUUUAUUUAGAUGCAUCUGUUGAUCCAUUUGUUGUAGCAAAAAUUUAAAAAGUGUUUUUUUCAUAAUUGCUCAUCUGUUAAAAAAAAUCUGUGAAAAAAUAUAAGUCUAAAAACAAUCAGAUGACUGACAAUUAAGACCAUUGCUAAAUAUGUCCAAACUUCUAAUUUUAAUUUCCUUCAUUAAGUCUAAUAUUUGCCACCAGUGCCUUCAACAGUCCAGGAUAACAUGAUUGUCUUAUCGAUGUGAAGAAUGACUGGAGCCAAUCGGCAAGUUAUGUUCAAAAGAUUUUCGUUUUCUAUGAAUUAGUUUGGCCUGUCAUUGGUUUGGCUGCAUGAAGCUUUGGCAGGGAACAUUCAAAAGCUUUUUUGCCUCUGUGAAAUGUGUGAAUGGAGCUGAUUGGUCACAGUGUGAGAAAACUGACUCAUGGAUGGACUUGGAAGUCAAAAAUAGUCGACGUACAUCUGCGUCACAACGAGCUUGCUCAAUGACGGAAAAGAGUGGGAAUAAAAUGAAAGAUACAUCCUGGACUCAAAUGUGCAUUUAUAAUUUGUCUGAGGGCUCUCCAUCGGUUUUGACGUCAUGAAUGGUGUCCAAACUGAUGCACUGUAAAAUUGUACUCAAUGUGAUGAAUUAACCUGUGCUUUUUAUGUGCUUUUACAGCGAUGACAAGUAAUCUUUCUCAUGUUGUGCAAUCUAAUCAUAUGAAUGGCGGACUUUGCAAGUUGGGGACCUAUAGUCUAUUACAAUACCCACACAAUAAUGCUGUGUGUUUAAAAUUUUGCAAAGAUUACAAAUUAAACAACUUUACAGUCAUCAUGUAAAUAAACUGUACUCGUAGCAUGUGAAUCAUCAUCAAUGUGAUGUAAAAGCUGACAUCAGAAGCUAAAACAUGCUUAAUGGACUGCUGUUUGUUUCUAAUGUGCUGCAAACAGACUGUGUAAAAUAUGUAGAAAUUCACCUGAACAGCUAAAAAUAUUUAUUUCCAAUUUUCUGUAUAUUAUGGAAUAAAACCCAAAAAAGAAUACAUCUAUAAUAUCAAAAAGGACCAUGGAUGCAUAGUUUUUUUUAUAUUUGUUAUGAUCUCUGUGUGCUCUCUUUAAAUCUGCUGUACUUUGGGUCUGUCUGCUCUCAUUUGUGCAGGACGUGUAUGGUUCCUGUCUGUGAAGCUGUUGAAAUUAAA